CUAUACCAUAUACAACAUAUUCUCCAUCAAUCUGAAGAAAGAACCAUUUAAGCAUGAAAUGGUUCUACAUAGAACUCGGGAUUCUAAAUAGAACCACUGCCUUUACUUAAGAACCAUCUGUUUUGAAGAGUGUAGGAAAUCACGAUUCUCUGUGUUGGGAUUGCGGAACUGAAUGUACACCGACAGUUUCAAGAGGAACCUUUUCGUUGACGGAACCAUGUAAAUAAAGAGAAGCUGCUCAUCUUGUAUUAAUGGUGUGUGUCUGGCUCUGUGAAUUCUGUAGCUUUAGUAUUACCCGCCGUGUUUUAGGUCCGGUAAACUCAGUAAGGUUCUAACAGGAGUCCGAGCAGCAGAAUGAGCUCUAAACCCACCUGCCUGAUUGUGGUCAGCGCGGCGCCCCAAGGAGUGUGUGCUCGCUGCUUCCAGCAGUGCUUCUCUCUCUGCAGCGCAGCCUUCAACCUCCAGACAGCUACGCCUGCGGGGAAACCAGUCGACUUCACCGGGGUUGAUGAAAGCUCUGCUCGAUGGGUUCAGGACUUCAGCAUAAAGCCCUAUUCCAGUCCUGCCAAACUGGAGUCCAUUGAUGGUGCUCGUUACCAGGCUCUGCUGAUACCAGACUGUCCAGGAGCUUUGAAUGACCUCGCCCACAGCGGCUCACUGGCACGAAUCCUCACGCACUUCAUCUCUCAGAAGAAGCCUGUGUGUGCUGUGGGACAGGGUGUUUCUGCACUCUGUUGUGCCACAGAAGGACAGAAAUGGAUAUUCAGUGGAUACAGCCUGACUGGACCUUCUGUGUUUGAGCUGGUGCGCUCUCCAGAUUUUGCCAACCUCCCUCUGAUUGUGGAAGACUUUGUGAAAGAUAAUGGAGGCUCCUACACAGCCAGCCAAGAAGACGCAGUACAUGUGGUCUUGGAUCGCCACCUAGUGACGGGUCAGAAUGUUCAGUCCACUACAGCUGCAGUUAACAACCUGAUCCUGCUGUGCAAUGGCAGCAGGUAAAAGCCUUGCCUGUAAAGGUGCACAGCAGUCUAAGUCCCUGACACCUCGAUACUUGGGGUCAAACCAAGAAAAGACAAUGUUACUUGUUGGAAAAAGUGUGGACCAAAUAUAUUACUGCAUGUAUUAGGUUGUAACUACAGAUAAUAUUAAUGUAUAAAAGUAUGAUGCCAGUGAAGGGCCAGUUCUGUUGCCUUAAAAUAUGAAAUGAAGACUCAAAGCACUGAAUAAGUUUAAGAGGCAGUGAAUGCAUUUGUCUUAUUUAAGCAACAUGAGUGCAACGAGAGCACUUCCUGUUCAUUUCUCACAGGAAGCUGUGUAAUAUUCCUAUGAACCAUUGUAAUAAAAGUAAGCAGAUUUC